AUGACUAUUCCAUCCACGCAAAAAGUUGUGCUCUUCCGUGAAAACGGCGGUCUUGACGUGCUCCGCUACGAAGAGGACUUCCCAGUGCCAACCAUCUCUGCGAGCCAGGUGCUUAUCAAGAACCAGUACGCUGGUGUUAACUUCAUCGAGGCUUACUUCCGUAGUGGGCUCUACCCAAGCGAAAAACCGUAUGUUUUGGGUCGCGAGGCUGUUGGUGUGAUCGCCGCUGUCGGUAAAGACGUCACCAACUUGAAACAGGGCGACAGGGUGGCUUACUUAGGCGGCAGCAGUUUUGCGCAGUAUACUGCCGCGGAGGCGAGCGGUAAGAUCUUCAAAUUGGACGCUGAUAUCGACGAGGAAACGGCCCAGGUCUACGCUGGGUUGUUGAUCAAUGGGUUGACCACGUUAACCUUUAUCAACGAGUCCUACAAGGUCCAGAAGGGUGACUAUAUUCUCGUGCACGCUGCCGCUGGUGGCUGUGGUUUGCUUUUCGCCCAGCAGAUCCUGGCCAAGGGCGCUCAUGUCAUCGCAACCGCCUCUAGCCCGGAAAAGUUACAGCUCGCAAAGGAGGCAGGUGCGGAGUUCCUCAUCAACUCCUCCACUGAGGAUAUCGUUGCCAGAGUUAAAGAAAUCACUCACAACAAGGGUGUAGAGGCCGUGUACGAUGGAAUCGGAAAGGACACCUUUGAGAUUUCGUUGGAGGUGGUGGCCAGAAAGGGGACCCUUGUCAGUUUCGGUAAUGCCAGCGGCGCCGUUCCGCCGUUUCUCAUUAGCCGCUUGCUGGCCAAGAAUGUCAAGGUCUUGAGACCAUCGCUUUUCAAUUACUUGGCCGAUCAGGAGGAGUGGGACUUUUACUCUCAGGAGUUGUUGAGAUUGGUUAAGGAGGGAAUUUUGAAGCAGAAGAUCACCAAGGUCUACCCGUUGGCCGAGUACAGACAGGCUGCGGAGGACUUGGAGGGCCGCAAGACUACCGGUAAGUUGGUUCUCGAAAUUCCUCAAUAG